UAAAAUUUGACCUUGCCAAUCCGUUUAAUUUAGAAGGUCGGGCGACUUCGUGAAAAUGAGCAUCCUACAGAAAAUAGCCGAAAUAGAAGCAGAGAUGGCUAGGACACAGAAAAACAAAAAUACCAUGGGUCACUUAGGAUUAUUAAAGGCUCGAUUAGCAAAACUUAGACGGGAGCUUAUCGAACCUAAAGGAGGUGCUGGUGGAGGAGGAGAAGGUUUCGAUGUUGCUAAGACAGGAGAUGCACGUAUUGGCUUUGUGGGUUUUCCAUCAGUUGGAAAGUCAACACUUUUAUGUAAUUUAGCCGGCGUCUAUUCUGAAGUAGCUGCUUACGAGUUUACGACCCUUACUACUGUGCCAGGCGUUAUUAGAUACAAAGGAGCUAAGAUUCAGCUGCUUGAUCUACCUGGUAUCAUCGAAGGUGCUAAAGAUGGAAAGGGUAGAGGAAAGCAGGUGAUAGCUGUUGCCCGAACUUGCACUCUUAUUCUCAUGGUGCUAGAUGUCCUCAAACCUUUGCAACACAAAAGGCUUUUAGAAAACGAAUUAGAGGGAUUCGGUAUUAGGUUGAAUAAAAGCCCUCCUAACAUCACACUACGCCGUAAAGAAAAAGGAGGUCUGAACAUUCAAACUUUAGUUCCUCAAUCUGAAUUAGAUAAGGACGUAAUUAAAACUAUUUUAAGUGAAUACAAAAUACACAAUGCAGAUGUUUCACUCAGAUGCGAUGCAACUGCUGAAGAUCUAAUUGAUGUUAUUGAAGGAAGUCGUGUAUAUAUUCCGUGUAUCUAUGUUCUAAACAAAAUUGAUCAGAUUACUAUUGAGGAGUUAGAUAUCAUUUGCCGUAUUCCCCAUUGUGUACCCAUUUCAGCUCAUCACAAAUGGAAUUUUGAUGAUCUUCUCGAACUGAUAUGGGAAUAUUUAAGCUUGGUAAGAAUUUACACAAAACCCAAAGGACAGCUGCCUGACUACAACGCACCAGUUAUUUUGAGAUCUGCUUCACACACCAUUGAGGAUUUUUGCAAUAAAUUGCACAAGACUUUAAUCAAGGAAUUCAAGUAUGCUUUGGUUUGGGGUUCUUCGGUAAAGCAUCAACCACAGCGUGUGGGUAAAGAACAUAUGCUUCACGAUGAAGAUGUAGUACAGAUUGUCAAAAAAGUUUGACUGAUUCGCUAUCCAAUUGGUCGCUUUUCUCUGUCUUUCUCUGUAAUAAGUUUGAUGGACAAAUAGGUUUCAGUGACAUGAUUUUGACAAGUGCCCUAUAUCACUAUUAUUGUAUUUACAGAUUUCUAAUAGGUUUUGAAUAAAAAUGUUUAUGGAUCAGA